AAGACAUCACUGCAGAUACCAGAUUCUAUUUUAAGAAAUCCUAGGUGGUGUUCAACAUGUCAACUAUGGAAACCAGAUAGAACACAUCAUUGCCGUGUAUGCAAUGCAUGUGUUUUGAAAAUGGAUCAGGUAAAUGGUUGUGUUGGAAGCUUUAAUUAUAGAUACUACAUUCAGUUUUUAAUCUAUGUCACAUUAUUUGCUGCUUGGACUUUUUCAACUUCACUAGCAGUGUUUAUUCAGUACCAUGGAUUUGUAUGA